AGCAGACGUCACACCUCUGUAGUUGACGGCGCAGCCAUUUUGGGGGAGGCUGUGGUUCGACGAGCUUGUGUGUGUUUGCCAUUAUCAGCAGCCCGAAAAAAACACACAAAGAAACCAAACGGAAAAACGUUGGACGACACGCCGUUAAAUAUGGGCCCGCCGGGAGACAGAACACAACACACGUCGACUGAAAGACCGGAGGAUCUCAGCUGGAUUGUCGAUUUAUCUUGACAUGGCAUGCUGCAGGGCGAGUCGGAGUUUGUGACGAUUGAAGAAAAGAAGAGAAAGAAAACAAGCUCAGCAAACACCUCGGAGAGGAGAGAUUGUGAUCAGCUCAUGUUUAUUUCGCCUCUCAGCGUCCCGUCGUUGGUUGGCUUAUCGAUUCCCUCGGCUGAUUUGUGUCGAUGUUGUUGGCGAGAUACGACUGAAGCAAAGUAUAUCGAGCUAAAAUGCUGAGCAUAAGCAGAAAGAGCUAGUCAGUCACCCCCUCCCCUGCCCGUCAUUUGACUCUCACAGCACUGGCAGCCACAUCGAACCGAGCAAGAAGAUGUAAACAGGUGGAAAGAUGACUGAACGCUAGCUCACCAGCACCACAUAGGCCUAAAUUAAGCCAAUCAGUCAGAAGAUAAGAUGUAGCUUUACCGUCGGUUCACUACUAGUUAGUGUUGGAAGUGAAUGCCUAGAUUAGCCUGCUAGCUCACCUUAGCUAGUGUGCUAAAAAUACGCCCACAUAAUGACGAUCAGCAGUGGCAGCACCGUAGGCCUCUGGCCGAGUGAGUGGCAGUAAGAGUUUAGGAAAUGUCAAGGUACUUUCACAGCAGGCCUCGAUGUUACCCGGUGCCAACAUCUCCUGGCAUCUGUAUUUACCUGCCAUGUUUGUCUGUAUCCCCAAUCUGUCUGUAACACGCUCAUAACGCAACCUCUACAGAAAAACAAGCAAAUGACAGCCAUGGACGAGGGACUUUGAAAUAACCCAAAUAUUAGAGUAUUUGUCUGCUUGCUAGUCUCUGUACUUCUCAAUUUUCACAAGCAGAAAAAAUGGGUUUUCACCAAAGCUGCCGUUUUUAAGUUACACACACACAGAAUAAAGUUAGUCAAAUUUCAGUUGCUUUUUCAGUUAUAUCUUGUUUUCCCUUGCCAAUGGCAGGUUGAAAAAAAGCUAAAUUGGCUCAAAAGUCUUGUCUUAAACAUGGAUUUCCGAUAAAGUCAUAAGGAGAUGUAGUCUUAGCUCGUUGGUCAUUCCCCUCCUCGACAUUGCCCUUUUACAAAAAUUAAAAUGACUUAGUUUUGCCUCUGAUUUGUUUACCUUUUCAGUUUGUAGUUAGUGGGUAAUUCACAGAUCUAGCCUAAAGUUGUUUGAUGCGUUGUUUCUGCAAAGGGUAGCUAGAACCAUCUCUUAUCCAGCGUAUAAAUACAGUAGUAGAGAGUGUAGCCAAAAAUAUUUUUGCACAAGAGAGGAAGAUAUUACCAUCAAAUUCUAACCAUGGGGGACCCAACUUCACGAAGAAAUCAGACAAGAAAUCGACUUCGAGCUCAGCUUCGGAAGAAAAGGGAAUCUUUGGCUGACCAGUUUGACUUCAAGAUUUAUAUAGCCUUCGUUUUCAAAGAAAAGGUUUGUAGAGUAUGAGAGUUUAUGAAAAUCUGUCUGUCGAUCAUUCAGUUUUUUAGCGUUUCCCAAAAUAUUAAAAUAUCCAAUUUGUCCCUGUGAUCAAGUUUGUCUCUGUUUUGUCGUUACAGAAGAAGAAGUCUGCACUUUUUGAGGUCGCAGAGGUGGUGCCAGUGAUGACCAACAAUUAUGAAGAAAACAUCCUUCGAGGUGUGCGGGAUUCCAGCUACUCACUUGAGAGCUCGAUAGAACUCCUGCAGAAAGAUGUUGUGCAACUACACGCCCCUCGGUACCAGUCGAUGCGAAGGGUAAUCCAGCGUUCCAUAUCAAAAGUGUAAUACCUUAAAGAGGCUACUGUCAAGUUGUGGUUUUAACAUUGUGACUCCUUAUUUCCUUGUAGGAUGUGAUAGGCUGCACACAGGAGAUGGACUUCAUCCUCUGGCCACGCAACGAUAUUGAGAAGAUUGUUUGUCUGCUUUUCUCCAGAUGGAAAGGGGCUGAUGAUGAACCCUUUAGGCCUGUUCAGGUCAGUAUGAGGCACUGAGUUUGAUUUCACAGGCUAUAAAAAUCUGGUUUUAUUUAUCUUAAAUGUGGACUGUUGAUCAUGCAUGUUUUUGAUGUAGUCAAAUAGAUGUAUCACUUUUCAACUAACAGGCUCUGUUAUACAUAGAAUUAACAGCCAGUACAGCAUUGAUUUUUUUUGGUUCUUAGGCGUGUAGCUGUAAAUUCAAAGAACUGUAUAUAGUACAAAAACAAGAACUCAGUUUUCAGAGCAAUACCUUUCAUGUAUCAACACGUCCUAUAUGUGCAAACCCAGAUGGAAGUACUAUACAUCCUAAAGAAUGUACUUUUGAUUUAUAGGCCAAGUUUGAAUUUCAUCAUGGAGACUACGAGAAGCAGUGCUUGCAUGCUUUGGGUCGUAAAGACAAGGCUGGAAUGGUCAUGAACAACCCAACUCAGUCUGUAUUUCUCUUCAUGGAUAGACAGCACUUACAGGUGAGUCAGUCCACUGAAAUCAUCAUAACACUGAACCUUCAGGCUGUCUCUGUAUGCACUUAACUGACAAAUGUUCUCUUUGCUCUUCUCUCACAGACUCCUAAAACCAAGGCCACAGUUUUCAAGUUGUGCAGCCUCUGCCUGUACUUGCCCCAGGACCAGCUGACCUGCUGGGGUGUGGGAGACAUCGAGGAUCACCUCCGCCCAUACAUGCCUGAUUAGGGCUCCCUGCGUCACCCAGCCACAUAGAGAAAGCCCUUCCCCUCCCUCCUGCCGAAGCCUUCAGAAGCAAAUAGAUGUACUCAUCUUCACCUGUUUCCUUUUUAAAAGAUUUGAACUUGUGCUUGGAUCUCUCCUUCUUUUGUUACCUACUUGUUCUCCCCUCCUUGACCUGCAGCUGAUUCAGUUCCCCUCCUUGUUUUUUUCCCCCUCACGCUCCCAAUGUUCCUCCUCUUCUCUCUGCCAUUUUUUGGAUUGGUUCCCCCAUUUUUUCAUUUUACCCCCUCUUCAUUCCCUCCUACUCACUCAUCCGUUUUAUUUUUUAUUUGAACCUGCACGAACAUUGAUUUUGAGUGGUUGGUUGUUCUCUUGGAGCCGCACUGUCAACAGCACCGGUCAUUGAAGGAACUCUUUAUGUUGCAUCAAAACAGGAACAAACAACACACAGGUCUUCACGGUGGUUCUCAGAUGGACGUGAUUUUAUAUCCUUGUUGUCAUAAGAGAGGAUUGUUAAAGCUUGUUUGUAAUGUCAAUGGAGUUUCUAGAACAACUUUACACAAUCUUUUGACCAAGGACAGGUGUGAAUAGGCGUUAAAACACCUGUGUAAGCAAAGAAAACAAGAUGAACAAUAUUUGUCAAAUCAUAUGGUGUAGGUAUGGCUUCUUAUAAACCGCCUUAGUUUUUUUGCUGGACUUUUAAAAAAUGUUUUGGUGUCAUUUGCUUUCCUCUGAGACAUGCUAGGCAGGCCUUUGCUAAAAUCUUGAGUGACUUGAAAGGCAUUGUGCACAAAGUUAAGACAUGUUGGCUAGAUGUUGAAGGUCAUGGUCACUGUUCAAGCCGCUCAUGCACCAUUCAUUUAAGCUACUGAAAUCUGAUGUUUAAUGUUUUGUUUUGUUCGGGAUGUGGGUUGGUGAGAAGCUGAAAUGGUGACAUACUUAAUGUUUAACAAACCUAACCAAAGUUGCUGUAAGCUAACUGAUUUUUCUUUAAUUUGACCUACUAAAAAUGAAGAUAAUUUGCUGCCAUGCUCAUAAAUUAAAAAUUGGAUUUUUGCUGGCUUUUUGUCAAUUAAGGUACAUUUAGUUUUGCUCCUUGUUGAUUCAGUGUGUUCAGUUCAAAGGGUUAAAGGUGUUACUUCUGGGUUUUUUCUGUUGAUUCUCAAAUCAAUACUGCUGAGCAUAUCCCAAUACAGUGCAAAUUCUGAAAGCAUCAUUCUUGUCCAUUUGUUUUAUUGCGUAUGCAUGAAACACAAUCAAUGAAACGGUAGUUAGACGAUGUUGCCCAUUUGUAUCAGUGGUAACUUGAAGUAACCAGUCAUAAAAAGCUUUAGCACUGUGUACCACAUUUUUUGUUCAUAUUCAGGAGUUAAACCAAGUAUUUACAGGUAGGAGUUAGUGUAAAACCUCACUUUCAGUCCAUUGUUUUUACAGUAUACAACCAUGAUAUGUGAUUUGUUGAUAGGCACUGAAAGGUGGCAGUUUAGCUCCCGCCGAGGUGUUUCGUGUGUCUCCCUUGUGCAAUCAUCUUCCCUGUGGCUUUGCUGGUAAAAUCCACAGACGCAAACGCCAGCGUUCGUCCUUGUUUAAGGACCUGAGCUGUGAUCAGGACGUCCUCUCCCAUCUUGGCAGCGCUCAUGUAUCUGUAAGACAUUGACGUUUGUUUACAGUCACAAGGAGUUAUAGAAGUUAAUCUUUAAGCCACAUGGUUCACACUCUGAAGGACAAAUAUUAAUUGGUAAAUACAUUUGAGCUUUUUGAAGGUGAGAUCAGUAUUUGGCUCACGUUAUGUUCAUAUCAACACUGACUCCAGGAGCUCCUCUUUCACUGUUCAUGAUCGCCACCGUGGAGAUCACAUCGACCAGGGUCGCUGUCAUUCCGCCAUGCAGCGUCCCUCCCCUGUUAGUGUGCUCCUCUUCUACCCGCAUUUCACAUACGACCUUACCUGGGCUGGCAGACAGAAUGUUCACCUGAAGGAUAAACAUGACAAACCUUGAAAACAGUGCAGCAUUUACAGUCACCUCGUUGCUUUUAAAGGUGGUGACUGAGCUGAAGAAUAGCGUGUAAUUCUAUUUCGUAAAACAUAGCAAAGUAUACACCGACCUUACUAAGAACUCUAUCGAAGCCCGGGGUAUCUAACAUCGCUUUCACUAACUGUCUUAAAGAAUUUAAAGGCAUUGUAGCCAUGUUUACAGCGAAUGAAUAUGACCUGUCGCUACCCGAUCCGUCCCGGAAGC